AAAGUCUGAACCUCGUGUUAUAUAUUCGAUGGUUUUGGUGUCAACUUGUCAUUGUGAUGACAUGCACACACUCUCACAAAUUCAAUUGCCACCUGCUUAGACCACCUCUUUUUUCUUCACAACUUGGCAUUGUUUCCCUAUCUUAUUAAUUACCAUUCACAUUUUCACCCUUCUUUUAAAAAUCCCAAAACACUUUUUUGCAUAUACACAAAACACAAGUCCCCCCCAAUCCAAUGAACCCCACCAAAACAAUAUGUAUCUUACACCUAAGCUAUCCAGCUAGCUACCUCAUCAUCACUCCUACUCAUAUAUAAGCUCAAAAUUCCAUAACCCUUUUCGAUUACAAGAAAACAAACUAAUUUUUUGCUGAGAACAAGCCAAUUAUGGUGCUUAAAAUGACACUUGUUGUUGUCUUGUUUAGCUCCAUUUUGGCUGCUGUGGCUUAUGGUGGCAACUUCAACCAAGACUUCGAUAUCACUUGGGGAGAUGGUCGAGCCAUGAUUCUCAACAAUGGAAAUCUUCUCACACUUUCUCUUGAUGAAGCUUCUGGCUCUGGCUUUCAAUCAAAAAAUGAGUAUUUGUUUGGUAAAAUCGAUAUGCAGAUCAAACUUGUGCCUGGAAAUUCUGCUGGAACUGUCACUGCCUAUUAUUUUUCUUCAAAAGGGUCAAGAUGGGAUGAGAUUGAUUUUGAGUUCUUGGGAAAUUUGAGUGGUGAUCCUUACAUUGUUCAUACCAAUGUGUACACCCAAGGAAAAGGAGAUAGAGAAGAGCAAUUCUAUCUUUGGUUUGAUCCAACGGCUGAUUUUCACACCUACUCAAUUCUUUGGAACCCCCAACGUGUUGUAUUUUAUGUGGAUAAAAUUCCAAUAAGAGAGUUCAAGAACAUGGAAUCGAAUGGAAUUCAUUUCCCAAAGGAUCAAUCAAUGAAAAUCCACUCUAGCCUUUGGAACGCUGAUGAUUGGGCCACCAGAGGAGGUUUAGUGAAGACAGAUUGGACAAAAGCUCCAUUUACGGCCUCUUACAGGAAUUUCAAUGCUAGUGAGGCUUGUAUAUGGGCUUCAGGGAAUUCUUCUUGUGGCCCAUUGGGCUCUUCUUCUCCAAAAUCUAGGCCCAAAAAUUGGCUCAAUGAGAAUCUCGACAGUACCGAUCAAAAGAGGCUCAAAUGGGUUCAAAAGAAUUACAGAAUCUAUAACUAUUGCAGUGAUAAGAAGAGAUUUCCCCAGGGUCUCCCACAAGAAUGUGCCAAUACCACAUAAUUGAGUAUAGUAUAGACCAUAGACACCGUAUUUAUAAUAUAUAUUAUAUAUAUACAUACAUGUACGUAUGUAUAUGAACCAUAAAUAUACUUACUAUUGUAAGUUUGUGCUUAGUGUUUUUUUAAUUUAGAAGUUAUUUUGGAGAAGCUG